CGCUCGGGGCGGGGGCGCAGCUCGGCUCGGGGGGCGCGGGCGGAGGGGUGCCCGUCCCGCAGACCCUGGGCUGCGGCAUCGGCGACGGCUCGGGAAGGCCCGCGGGGAGCGGGGUGAAGGUGCUGGGCUUUGCCCGGGGCUCGGGGAGCGAGCUCUGCGCACCCCGCCGUGCAGGGACCGCGCGGGUUCUCUGCCCGGGGGGAGUCUGGCUGCCCAGAGAAGAUGAACGGAGCCGGGAGACACGUCCCCGGCACCACUUGCAAAGUGUACCUUCAACUUUUGCCGCUUGAUAAGAUGCUUGGCAGUGGAAACUUUGCAGAUGGGUGUAGGCAGUUCAUUGUGCUCUGUGCUGGGCUGGGUUUGGACUGGGUCUUGGGACAGCUCCGCUAUCACUGGCCAUGGUAAGGAGCAGCCAAAGCUGUUAGAAAGCACAAAUGCUUCUUCUCCUUUUCCUCCCUUACCACCUUGGGAUACCCAUGAUGUCCAAGGGGCAAAUGCCUGGCACAGCAGACACCUACAGCCCAGUGGAGAGUGACACUUGAGAGUUGUGUCUGCGUGGCUGGAUCUGCACAUGGAAGAGCUGCAAAGGAGCACUUAAAGAGAUUGGUGACUGCGUUUGGGCCAAGGUUGUCCAGCAUCACUGACUGGUGGAUAUGGAUGUAAAUUCCAGGACUUGCGUCAACAGCCCAGCAUCAUGAGCCAUCCAUGGCUCUCUGGAGCUGCCAGUGCCUGGAGUUUCAUGGUGACUCGAUGGCUGGAAAAUCAGCAGGGCUGUGCCAGAGGGAUGUACUUAGGUUUCCAUUUCUCCCCCAUAUCGUGUUGUAGUGACUGGAUGUUGGGGUGGGCUCAGGUUUCAGCCUGCAUCAGCGUCCGAAAUGCUGAGCGCUCCCAAAGGGCUGAGUCAGCUCUUUGAAGAAAGAAUCUGUGUGACCAAAUGGGGCACUAGGUCCCACUUGUGGGGUGGGAGGACAGAGAUGAGCAGUGAGAUUGACACACACUCUGGGGAGAGGCUAUUGGAGUGAAGGUGUGGUAGAUGGCACACGUCUGGUGCCAGCCAGAGAUGGGCUGGGAGCCGACAGACAGUGGCAAAGACACCAAAAUCUUCGUGGCUGCAUAUCUUAAAUGGCAAAAGUGGCAAAUGAAAUAAGCUAAUAGCACCAGUAUUUGGUGUUCUGCUUUUGCCACCGUUGGGCACAAGAUCUGAUGGCCCUGCAGGUGCUGAGGAGCUGAUUGCUGGGCUUAGGGUUACUCCACAGACCACAAUUUCAGAGCCAGGCUCCCUCCCUCCAGCUCCCCCAGAGCCCAUGAGACUCCUCCAAGGUGGACAGAGACAGGUUCUUAAAGGGAGAGUCGUGAAGCUUUCUCUCCCUCAUGUCCAAUGUGCUUUGAUACAAGUGGACCAGGAGGACUCACUUUGUUUUAAAGUCCCCACAAAUCUUUGUGGCUCAGAUACAUUCAGGCUCCCUGAUGUGCCUCCAGGCAGGGAAAAGCAAAAGCCUCUGGUCAUGAUUUAGUCAUGAGACAAAAGCACCAUGAGCUGUGUGCAGGGUUAAAGUGAAAACCCAGCCUAUUAAACUCAUCUUGAUAAUUAGCAUGGGGUGAAGAACAAAGAAAGAGGAUAUUGUAAAGGGGGAAUUGUCAGGGGUGUUAAAUACUAAGUUGUCUGCUGCCAGAAUUGGAUCCCAGUGGCUGCUUUGUAUUCAUGGUUGAACACUGGAUGAGGUGACUAAGUGGGUUUGGAGCAUCACUUGACACUGAAAACUUUAAAGGACAAAACCGGGCUGCAAAGUCACGAUUCCUGUAAUAAAGGUGAAAGUAUUUAAGGCUGGGCAGAGCUAAUGCCACAGCUUCCACUCCUCUUGCAGACAGAGUGAGGUGCUGGCAGUCUGUCUGCACUUUGCAGAUGAGCUCUUUAUUCACAUGGCCACCUUGGAUUUGGGGUUUAUCCUCCAAGUGCCCAGUCCUGUUUAAUCCUAUCUUACAAACCAGCCAGCAGCUGUGGGGCAGCUUUUUUCUUUUCACACCAGUCAGCCUCAUUACUCCUUUGGAUCAUGACUCUGCUUAAAAUCACAGGAUUUGGGGGAGAAAACAAAAACCACCCCAAACCCUGUGCUGGAUUUUGCGUUGGUCUUUUUUUCCGUUUUGCUUUCUGAUGUGGCUCUCCCGUGAGUGCCGGGAGGGGGUGCGCCUUUGCCGGCCCUUCCCGCUCGCCGGGCAGGGCGGUGCGAUGCCAGCCCGGAUCCCUCUCCGGGAGCCGAGGCUGGUGGAAGCAGCGCCCGUGUGCGGCCGCUCCUCCUGGCCGGGCUCCGCUCGCCUCGGCACAGCCCGGCCGGGGGCUUGGCUGCUCUCGGGUCCGUCACGGUGCCCGAGGACACGGCGGUGCCGUGCUGCUCCCCUCCUCUGCCCGCGGACACCGCUGCUCUCGGAGCGGCCAGCGCGGAGCACCGGAGCGCCGCGGAGAGGAUGCAGCUGCCGGGGACGUGGAGGUGUAGCGGUGUUCCUUUCUUAUGUGCUUAAAAAGACAUCUGUGGUGGAGCCAGGCGGCAGGCAGGGAUCCCCAGGAAGCCGUGGCCAGGAGGUGCAGAGGGUCCCCCCAACGCAGCAGGUCCAGGAACCUCCCAGGCCAGGCAGUGUCCAUCCCUGCUCUGGCCACAGCAAGGACGGUGAAGAGCCCAGCCAGGCCGUGGCCAAGGAAAAGCCAUUAGGCUCUUGGCACAGCCCACUUCCCGGGGGCCACGCGGCGGGGAGUGGGCUGGAGCUGAAACACAGCCUGGAGCCUUGCUGGAUGGAGGAAGGGCCCUUUGGGCCCACUGCUCACUUCCUACAAGAGAUGGGUGUUCUGGGACGCGGUGGAGGUGGGAGCUCUCCUAACAAUCCGAUGUCUUCUCCUGAGAGCCCCAGGCGUGCUUACUUCCCACUCCACUGAGAAAGCUCUAAGGAAAGUCCAGCACCAUGUACACCUUCCUGCCAGAGAGCUUCACACCGGUGAAGCAGAAGCCCUCCAAGGAGCUGAGGCCCAUGCUGGGCGCCAUCUUGCUGGGCCUCAUGCUGUUCAUUGCUGCGGUGGUGGCCUGGUGCUACUACACGGUGUCCCUGAGGAAGGCGGAGCGGCUCAAGACGGAGCUGAUGGACCUGCGGGCGGACGGCUUUGUCAUCCGCAACCAGCACGGGGAGGUGGUGUUCCGGCUGGCCUUCCGCUCGGGCAGCCUGGACCUGGAGUCGUGCUCCAAGGAGGGCGAGAUCCUGAGCUGCUCGCGCUCGAGCCGGGGGCCGCUCAACUUCUUCAUCCAGACGGUGAAGCCCAAGGACACGGUGAUGUGCUACCGCGUGCGCUGGGAGGAGCUGGCGGCCGGCCCGGCCGUGGAGCACACCAUGUUCUGGGAGGACGCCCACUGGUACGGGGGCUCAGAGAUGAGCAUCCAGCACUGGCCCAUCCGCCUGGCCGGCUACCAGGAGCCCGUGCCCUACGUGACCAGCGACGUCUACUCCUUCCGCGACAGCUUUGGCGGCAUCCUCGAGCGCUACUGGCUCUCCUCCAAGGCGGCGGCCAUCAAGAUCAACGACUCCGUGCCCUUCCACCUGGGCUUCAACGCCACCGAGCGCGCCCUCUUCUUCCAGGCCCGCUACAAGGACUCGCCCUACAAGCCCCCACCGGGCCAGCAGCCCUUCCCCGAGCUCAGCUACCGCGUCUGCGUGGGCUCCGACAUCACCUCCAUCCACAAGUACAUGGUGCGCAGGUACUUCAACAAACCCUCCAAGAUCCCUGCUGAGAACGCCUUCCGAUACCCCAUAUGGUCCACAUGGGCUCUCUACAAGAAUGAUAUUGACCAAGAUAAACUCCUGCGGUUUGCUGAAAAGAUCAAAAAAUACCAUUUUAACUGCAGCCACAUUGAGAUUGAUGACAUGUACACCCAAACCUAUGGAGACUUUGACUUCGACCCUGUCAAGUUCCCCAAUGUAACAGAGAUGUUUGCAAAGCUGAGGGAAGAUGGGUUUAAGGUCACUCUGUGGACUCACCCUUUCAUAAACUACAAUUCCUCCAAUUUUGGUGUGGGAAUUGAGCGUCAACUGUUCAUCAAGGAGCCGUCAGGGCGGCUGCCAGCCAUGGUGGAGUGGUGGAACGGCAUCGGGGCCAUCCUGGACUUCACCAAUCCAGCAGCCCGUGACUGGUUCCAGAGCCACCUGCGCCAGCUCCGGCACAAGUACGGCAUCUCAUCCUUCAAGUUUGACGCGGGCGAGACCAGCUACCUGCCCAAGCAGUUCAGCACCUUCCGCCCGCUGUCGGACCCCAGCAUCUGGUCCCGGCGCUACACGGAGAUGGCCAUCCCCUUCUACGAGCUGGCCGAGGUGCGGGUGGGCUACCAGUCACAGAACAUCUCCUGCUUCUUCCGCAUCAUUGACCGCGACUCUGUCUGGGGCUACGAGCUCGGCCUCAAGUCCCUCAUCCCCACCGUCCUCACCAUCAGCAUGCUGGGGUACCCCUUCAUAUCUGCUGACAUGAUAGGGGGCAAUUUUUUCCCCAAUAAAACCAAUGGUGCAGUGGAGAUCCCCAACCGGGAGCUGUACGUGCGCUGGCUGGAGCUGUCGGCCUUCAUGCCCUCCAUGCAGUUCUCCAUCCCGCCCUGGCUCUACGACAAGGAGGUGGUGGAGAUCGCACAGAAGUUCACGCAGCUCCACGAGUCCCUGGUGGCCCCGCUGCUGCUGGAGCUGGCGGGGGAGGUCACCGAUACGGGCGACCCCAUCAUCCGUCCCAUCUGGUGGAUCUCGCCCCGCGACGAGGCCACUCACCGCAUCGACUCCCAGUUCCUCAUCGGGGACACCCUCAUGGUGGCUCCUGUGCUGGAGAUGGGCAAGCAGGAGCGGGAUGUCUACCUGCCCGCGGGCAAGUGGCGCAGCUACAAGGGGGAGCUGUUUGAGAAGACCCCAGUGCUGCUCACCGACUAUCCUGUUGACCUGGACGAAGUUGCCUAUUUCCUCUGGGUUUCCUAACAGGCUUCUUAAUCAGCUUUGGAAUAACCAUGCCUUACCUAGGACUUUCUAACAAAUAAUAACUCUAAUUGCACAUUUCAUUUGAGACCGGGGUGGAGGAAGGGAACUAAAUAGAACUUCACUGUUCUUGGGGAUAAUUUUUUUUUUUAUUUGGGGAUUGAUCUUGAUUUUUUUAAUUUGGGUCUGGUGGUAGGCUCUGAUUGGAUUACAAUAGGCAGCAAUUUAUCUGUGUAGGUCAGAACAGAGUUGUCAGUCUGUCUGCAGAUAUCUGGUAAACCCAGUACCUUUUCAGUUCUCAAGGAUUUCAAGAGCUGGAAGUUGCUUAGUGCCAGUGGGAGCAUUCCUAGUCUUGUGGGAGCACCUGGCACUGGGUAUAAGGGUGUGUGCUGUGGGAGGAUUGCUACAGCACAGCCUGCCAUUAGUUUUUUAAUAUGGCAAAUAUAUUCAAAUGGAUAUUUUUAAGAGCAUAAAGCAAAAUAGAGUUACAUAGAUAGAUAUAUAUAUAUGUAUAUACACACACACACACACACACCUAUUUUUCCCCCUUUUGCCUGGAUGGCACUGGACUAACAGUUGCCCCAUGCUCCUGCUUUCCUGGGUACCAGGCAGGCCAGGUCACUCAAGUGAUGUCCACGUGUUUUAACGGAAUGGGUUGCUUAUUUCCUGCUGGGACAGCUGCAUCCCACCUGCUCACCCAUUUGACUUCCUCUACAAGGCUCUUGCCUGUGUGUUUUGCCCGGGGCGUCAACAUUGCCUUUCCUUGAGCAGCACCGCCUGUACCAGCAUGUCCCAUUUUUUAAGGCACUUAUGACCCCACCUCGUUACAUGAUUAUCCUGCUGAUGCCAUCCUUUUUGGUUUUUAAGGACAGAUGAGAUUUGUUGCUGGCAGAAGGGCUGCCUGGAGCAAAGCUGUCCUCAGACACUCGGUGCGGCGCGUCCCUGGGAACAGCCGGUUCCCGGGAGCGGCACGUGUCGUGGAUUGACAGUGCCGUUUGCCGACAGCCUGGGGGUGGAAAACACCCGCUCUGCUCACUGAUGGGUCUGUGCCAGCGGCUGUUCUCACUGCACCCACGGAAAAGUUCUCAUCUAAUGUGAAGUUAAGCUAAUGCCCAUCUCAGGUCACAGUUAGAGGUGAUGAUUUCGUUGGGGGUUUUCCUGAGUCAGCCCUCCUCUCUCCCUGGGAGAGUCCCAGGGAGCUUUCUCAGGCAGUGUUGGUGUUGCUGGAGGUGGGAUUGCUGUCAGAGGCUCGUGGAGGGCACUUGGGGUGAUGUCAUCCUGCACCCCAAGUCCCCAGCAGCUGCAUCUUUGGCAGAUUUUUCAUUUGGUUUUGUAUGGGAAAAUGCAUUUACAGAGACCCAAGGCAGGGCCAACAGGAUUGAAGUCUUCCCGAAUGCAAGAAUUCCCAGCUCUGUCCCAGAUGGGAACGUGUGUCAACCCCUGAAUUUUUUAUAAGCUUCUGCAGAAUUGAAUUGAAUUGUGAUGGCUAGGAAGGGUUGGGCAUCUUGCCCAGGCUACAGCUGGCCAAGGACAGCUCAGCAUCUGUGGGGUUUCUCCUGGAAUUGUGUCUGGGCUGGGCAUGGCUCUGGCACAAGUCGGCCAUGCAGAGAGAUGGUACAUGUUUUGGGUAGGGCUGGGUACCUAUCCAGUGAGGAUCUUUCUCAAAGCCCAUCUCCAGCCACAGAGCUUUUCAGGAGGCAGAAAAGGAGGUGCACUAAGCUUGAGGGUUGUGAUGGGGUGAAGGAGGAGAAAUUUCAGUGUUAGGGGCAAAAUCUGAAGUGCUUUUGUAGUUAGGAAGUGAGGAAGUCUGGUUUGAUGGACUCCCUUAAGACCUGAAUUUGCCCUGUUUAAUUUACUCUCAAAAUGAGAUGUAGGGGAGCCUUACAGGUCCCUGCCCAACUGGAGCACAAGUGUUUCCUGAAGCCUGUUUGUUUCUCAGGUUUUUAAUUCUGAAGGAUUCAAGCUUCUUCUCUGCCACUGGUGCAGAUACUGGUGAUGUUACAAGUUACAGACACCCUCUGGCAAGGAAUUAAUCCUGGAACCUCAGUGUCACUCAUCAGGGCACUGGCAGGACUUGGCCCUUGCUUGCCAAGGGUGAUGUUGAAGGUGAGGAGAUGAGUCUGGCCAAAGCCUUUAAGAAGGGCCAAGUGUGGAGGGAGCUUCUGCAGCCCUAGAAGUGCAUGAAGACCGUGCUUUGAGGGUCUCCAGCUCUUCCUUUCAACCUUUGCUCAUGAAAUGCUUGUCAUCCCUUGGCAUGGGACUCAUUAUGAUGCCUUAAGAGGCUGCCUGGAACAGAGGCUAGACAGUAUUACAGGAAUAGUUAUUUAUUAGAAAGGCCUUCAAAGGAUGCACUUUGGGCAGUACAAGGGUCUGGCUGUGGCUCCGCCCAAGAUGGAUGAUGGGUCACGAGUUUUCACAUUUUUUAAGUUUUGGUCCAUUUCUAUAUUGGGGUUAAUUGUCCAAUUACAGCUUCAGGUUAUGAAGUCACAUCCUCCCAGAUUGCUCUCCUCAAUUCUCUGUUUAUACUUUUUGGGCCUGAAGCUGCAAUGGUGUCCUUGAUUCUCAGGCUGGAAAAGGAUUGUUUUGUCUAACUAAACGGCGAGGAGAACUUGCUAACACUUUAUAUGAAGUUCAGAGUUAUAUACUAGUGCAGUACGGAAUCUGGAAAAUAUGAAAGCUAAAACUUAAGGCAUCAGUUAGGUGGAGAUGUUGCACAGCUCAGGUGCCAGUGCAGAAUUGGGAUCCCUGGCACAGGACUUCAUGGGAAGGGUCCUGGCAUGACCAUGAGAUACUCUCCCAUGAGUCAUCUCUCCCGCUGGUUCUGUGCCACUCACCAUAUGCAUCACUCAUGAGGAACGAGGCUGUGUGAAGAGAAACACAGCAUUCCUGUUAUUAUCCUUCUACUGUUAAAAUGAUGGGAGCAGCCAGAUGAGUGCCUUCAAUCUCCUUGCAGUGGUUUCAGGACUGUCAGGAAGGUCAUGGAGAAAAUUCUCCAUGAGACACACUGUCUUCUUUCCCUUCCCUUGAAAAAGAAAGGAUUUUAUUUACAAAGUUAUAAUUUUAUUUUAUUUAACUAUAUCAAUGAAUGGGUAAGAUUAUAGAAUAUCCUUAUUUUCCCAAAUGCUGUAAUUAGGGCACAAGUGGACAUGGCUGUUCAGUGGUCCAGCAAGAAGAAAGAUAAAGCUGCUGAAAGGACUAUGAGCUGAUGGGUAUAGGCUCAGCAGUGCUGCCUUAAGCUGUCUCACAGGCCUUUCCAUCCAACUUUUUACCAAAACCACUAUUUCUAGCACUAUGCUGUAGCACUGCAGUUCUUGAGGAUCUCUCAGACCUUGCAGACCGGCAGCUCUGCACAGAUACCUUGGGAACUGCUGCUAGGGAUAUUUCUCUGAUUUACACCAUGGGUCACUGGCCAAAGCUGGGUUUAGCUUGUUUCAGCCAAGAAAAAGCCCCAGACAAGGUUUCAGUCUUUUCACACCUGAUGCUUAUGUGAUUGAAUUUUGAAUCUUGCACUGUUGUGAAUCAGGUUUUCUGGAUGCUUGUGUUUGUACAUGCUGUCCUCUGUCAGACUGUAAUGCUGGUGGGUCUGUUUUUAACCACUUUUCUAAUUGCUAAUUGGUAUGAACUGUAACAUGAAUCACCUUGAUUGAGAUAAAAUUUUGGAAAACAAAAAGAAGUUUAACUAUGUCCAUCUGUACCAAGCUGGUGGGGCUGGUGGUUCAGGGAGAUUUGGGGCUUUUCUCACCCAAGUCUUCACUGAAAUCAGGGUGGAGAUUGUUGUUUUAUUUAAAGCUUGCAGCCUGCAGCUUUUAUGUAUGUUUUAAAAGGAGAAGCUGGCAGUAACCUCACUCUUGUGUUUGCAGUGGUGGCAGACAAUCCCACUGGACUGAGGAUUGUCCUCCCUUAGGUCCUUAUAGCAAAGAGACUAGCUGUGCCUUAGGGCCAGCCAUGAAAAGGCCAUGUCCAGGUGAACCCCAAUGUUGUGUCAGCCCCCAGGAGUGGGGACCAUACACACCUUCAGGGUCAUGGCCCUAUUUCUACUGACAUUCACCCCAAAAAAGGUUUAUCAACACUGAGUCUGAGGAUUUGCUAGUCCGUGCUGCUUCCAGAGGACACUUGAAGACUGUUUGUGGGGGAUGAGGAAGGGGAGCCUGUUCUCAGCUUCCCUUUGGCUCACCAGAAGGUCCUUCUGACUGUCCCCACUGUCCCCAUGGUUCCCCUUCCCAGGUGGCACUGACAGCAAGGACAUGGAUGGAAUAGAUGUUUGUGGCUAUGGGAAGGCCACGAAGGGAGCAUGUGAGACUAAUGUAGGAGCCUGCCUUAUUCCACAUCACCCCCUUUGCCCCAAAUAAUGUUUUUCCUUCCCUUUCCAUUGUUACCACACAAACCAUAGCUGCCUUAUGCCAUUGGGCAUCACUAGCAGUGGCCAACCUGUACAGUGUGGCUUGAGGGUUGAGAGGGACUUCAUUUCACUCCUUUUGUAAUAAAAGACAUUUUCCCAA